CCCGUUCAAGGGUAUUCAGGAGCUUGAUGAUUAGCAUCUUCAACCUCUCUGUACUUCCACUCAGCCUUCGCUCCCUUCCCAAAAUACCCCUCGUUUUUCCUACAUUUUCAACUCUGUCGUCUAUUUCUCUCUCCUCUUCAGGCAUGGAAGAAAACCCGCCAUCUCUUCUUGUCUUGUCCGGAAAAUCCUCUUCCGAAAACGAACUCGCUCUCUCCCUCAGAAACUCCAGCAAUCUCAAGCUUCUGGACGGACACCCGCUUUCCAUUUUGCUCCGCUCCGAGAUGCAUACGCCCAGCGAGGACGAUCAAUCGACGUUCCAGAUCGAAUCCUAUAUGGACACUCUCUCUACCGAACGGUUCGGCCGGUUCCUCAUCUGGUCCCCGCGAAUGCCUUCGACGCACGAUCUCGUCUCCCAGAAUUUCUGCGAGCUUCCUCUCUACUCAGUUUGUGUUACUGACAUUCAGUUCAAAGGGAGAGGUCGAUCCAAGAAUGCGUGGGACUCUCCAAUUGGCUGCCUAAUGUUCUCUUUUACCUUACAAAUGGAGAAUGGACACAUCGUGCCUCUCUUGCAGUAUGUCGUGUCGCUCGCAAUGACAGAGGCAAUAAAUACAGUCUGCGAAAAAAUUGGUUUGCCACAUCUUGAUGUUAAAAUAAAGUGGCCGAAUGAUCUUUACUUAAAUGGCCUUAAAGUUGGAGGCAUCCUGUGCACCUCAACAUAUAAAUCAAAGAAGUUCAAUGUCAGUGCUGGAAUUGGCUUGAAUGUGGAUAACGAGAAACCUACUACAUGCUUGAAUGCAAUGAUACGAAAGUUGACCUCCACAUACCAGCUAAAGAGGGAGCAUAUUCUUGCAGAGUUUUUCAAUAAAUUUGAAAUUCUUUUUGAUGUUUUCAUGAGCCAAGGGUUUCAAGCUCUUGAGGACUUGUACUACAAGACAUGGUUACACAGUGGGCAGAAGGUUGUCAUAGAGGAAAGGAAUGAGGGACAAUCCAUUGAAAACAUUGUAGUUACCAUUCAGGGUUUGACGCCAUCGGGAUAUUUAUUGGCUAUUGGGGAGGACAACAAUAAAUAUGAACUUCAUCCUGAUGGUAACAGUUUUGACUUCUUCAAAGGAUUGGUGAGAAGGAAAGUGCAGUGAAGAUGCUGCUGCUGAAUAUUCAUGUGGUGCUUCCUUUAUCUUAUGAAUUUUUGUAAUAUUUUAUUUAUGUUUUCUAAUGGGCCAGAUUCUUCUGGAUUUUCUUUUUCGAGUUAGUGGUGCCCGUCACCUACAUGAAUAAUCAAUCACCGAACAUUGCCAGUUUUCGAA